AUGUUACGACAACUUUUAUCAACGACAAAUAGUGUUGGUUCGGGUAAUACAUCCAGUGAUUAUGAGUAUUGUUCAACAUAUCCUAUAAAUAAUCGUAAUUAUGAAAAUUCAACGAUAAUAUUACCACCACCACCACCACCACCAUUACCACCACCAUCACUACAACAAUCACAACCACAGCUACCACCAUCAUCAUCAUCAGCAGUAACAGCAGCAACAGCAGCAAUAGCAGUAGCAGUAGCAUCAUCAUCAUCAUCACUAUCAUUACCACAACCAUUAUCACAAACCGUAUCAUUACCACCAUCAUCAAGCGAGACUGUAUCAACAAUAUCACAUAAUCAAUUCAGGACUAAUGACGAUAAAAAUUUGUCUACUGCCGAUUAUAUGUCAUUGGCCGCUGGUUAUAAUAGCAUGCAAACAUCGAUAACAUCAAAUCAUUUGGGAAUUUUGGACACAAAUAACGAUCUGAAUGAUACGACAGAAUUAUUCUCAUCAACGUAUGCAAUGCUUUCGGCAGAUAACACUCUAUCCUGGAAUGUAUGGAAUGAACAAACACUAUUUUCAAAUAGCGCAAAUGAUUUUACUACUAAUGAAGUACCAAUGAGUAUAAACAAUCAUAAUUUUGGUUAUCCGGUGCAUACAACAGCUCCUGGUUGCUCAAAUAGUAUUAGAUAUCAGUCACGUAAUGCGGGCCUAACUGAUAAUAAUUACACGACAAAUUGCCAAGGAAUGAUCAAUGGUAAUCGAUUAGAAUUACAACAAGCUGUUGUAUUACCAAUUAAUAAUGAUGUUAGAAGUAUAAAUUAUGGUCAACAAGAAAAAUGUGUCGAAAAUUUGAAUCAAAUGGCACAUCCUCGAUUUUCCGACUCCAAUCAAAGAAUGGUUCAUGUUCCGGUUCAUACAGGUUAA